AUGGAUACGCGCUGCGAGGCGGAGAACUUGAAGGGGCUGACCGGCGUGUCACCGUUUCCUCUGGAUCCAGGUCUCGCUCCGCUGCUGCUGUUCGACGACCAACAUGACGGCGAGGCAAGCGGCGACGGCACCAUAUUCCUGUAUAGCAUCCCUAAGAGGCAGUUGCUGGGCAGGAAAGCCGAUGGUUUCAGAGGCCAUCGUUACUGGCUAACACCUCAAGGAUGGGUGCUCAUGCUGCAUCUCGAAUCGCACAACUCUUUCCUCUGGAAUCCAUCAACUCUUGAGAGGAUUAGCUUACCUCCAGACCAAGAGAAUCUCCUUCAAGCCGCACAAAGCAGCAGGUGCCUUCUCUCGCUCAAGCCGACGGAUCCAGAUUGCGUCGUGCUCGUAGCAGACCUCGCACACGCACUCAUCUACUACUGCCAUGCAGGAGGAAGCCAAUGGUUCAAGCACGAGCACGAGCAUGGGAAAAGCUUCAAUGAAGGUCUUACCACGCUUGGUGGCAGGUUCUACGCAUACGACCUGUAUCACGACGAGCACGAUCAGAUUGUCACACUAGAGUUCUUACCAUACCCAGCGUUCACCACGCACGCCUUGCUGCAACAACGUUUCCCAAUCGGAUAUACCAGGUUUCAUUGCGGCAUCUUAGAGUGCCGCGGAGAGCUGUUUGUGCUAAGCUUUUGUUACCACGGGAUAUCUGUCCGGCAUAUCGCGCGAAUUGUUGUGCACAAGUUGGAUGUCUCCAAUGGAGCUUGGCUGAAGGUGGACACGCUCGGCGACAUGGUGAUUUUCUACGAUAGUUGCCGCGGUUAUGGAGCAUCGUUCCAUGCACUCCAGCUCGGUCUAAGAAAACGGGACCGCAUAUACUUUUUGAUGUCUGAUGACAAGGCGUUGUACGUGUAUGAUAUGAAACGAGGAACGACUGCUAUGCACAAUCCUGGACCCAGUCUUCGGGAUUCUCUUGUACCUCAGUUUUUAUUGCCUUCGGCUUCGAUUUGA